CUCGACAUAGGCAACACGCAGUGUAGAGAGGCUUUUUUCAGUUUUACUUCUCUAGUCUAGCUGGCUGGUUUGGCAUUCGUCGUGUUCCCCACACACACUGCUGUGCUGUUGCAGUGUCAAGGUCUUCCAGUCUUGAUGUGCAUUGAUGAUAGAGUAAGUUAGUUGCCAGUACUGACACUGGCACUCGGUCUGUAGACUAGUGCGUUUAGACUGUGCAUGUCCGUCAAGAGUUUUGUGAGCUGACCCUGCUCAUGCUCAGGCUCUCGGCUUGCAAUCCGCCUCUGCUCUACCAGUGUCGGUUUGGGAGAAGGGAAUAGUCUCAGGAAGAUCUCCUGUCGGUCAGUAGCCAUUCCUGCUAUCUCGCGAGCAGUUCAUAGUUCGUCAGCUCAGCAGUAGGUACCUGGGCGUACCAGUGGAACUUGGAAGCGACUGGCAAUAUCUUCCUGGCCGCUAACACUGUUGGUGCUGAGGCUGAUUGCGUUCUUCCGUGUUUGCAGUACUUGCUGGUCAACGCGGUGAAGACCAGUGUGUCUCCACGUGACGACGCACUGUUAGUUCUACGUUAGAUCCAGACUAGGGUUGGAUGUAACCAAGAUAUGGCGCGGUUACAGCUUCUUGCUUCUCUGGCCGCGUUGGCCUUCGCUAGCCUAAUUUCAGUGGCCCUCACGCAAAACUGCCACGAUACAGCCGAGUUCGAUUGCUAUAACAACGAUACGCAUUGCGUAUCGAUAACAUGGCGUUGCGACGGGACGAGGGACUGCCCGAACGGGGCGGACGAGAACGACUGUGCAUGUGGCGGUUCUCAAUUCCGGUGCAAUCCGGGUGUUGUACCAGCAGAGUGCAUAGGCGCCCUUCAACGAUGUGACGGCCAGAACGAUUGCAGUGGCAACACCGAUGAAGCCGGUUGUGCCGUGCAGGCGUGUAACCGCACGUCACACUUCCAGUGUACAAGCGGCGAUAUGGAGUGCAUCCCUGUGGCUUGGGUAUGCGACGGCGUGGUGGACUGUGAGAGCGGCAAUGCAGAUGAGAUUGGAUGUGGCACUGCUCGACCUGCACCAGGUCUUACAUGUCGCAGUGGUGAAAUCAAGUGCACAGACAAUGCCCGCUGCAUCCCAUCUGAGUGGCGAUGCGACAAUCAGGUGGACUGUCCCGACCGAAGCGACGAGAUGAACUGCGGACCCAUAGCAAACAGCACGGCCUGCUCUAAUCCAACAUUUAUGCCGUGUAGCAACCAGAGGCAGUGUUUCCCUCCGUACUUCUUCUGUGACGAUCAGGUUGACUGUGUGGAUGGAAGCGAUGAAUCAAUCGCCACUUGCGGUGGCACACUACGUCCAACUCUCACCUUCCCCCCACCACCUGUUUGUCCUUCUGGAAAUCUCGUCGACUGUGAUGGUGCUCCUUUGUUCCUUCUGCUCAGUGUCACCAAUGAGAUUCGUCUUAUUGAGUUAUCAGAUCGUACCAACCAGAUUUUCAAUGCCAUCGUUACCGGUGGCCAGGAUAUCAUCCCCCUGGGUUAUGUACACAAUGACAACGGUGUCAGCAGGGUCUACUAUGUUGACUUCACAUCAAAUGAAACACAAAUCCACACCACCACGCUGGACUUCUUAGGUGGCUCGCCCGGCGGCGCCGUUCCUAAGAGAUUCCUGCAGGGUUACACCGGGGAACCUCAAGGCUUUGCUGUUGAUUGGAUUUCCAAGCUGCUCUACUGGACUGCUACGAACCCAGGUGGACGUGCAACGAUUGAGGUAGCUCGUCUAGAUGGCACGUGGCGUCAGAUUGUCCGAGUGCUCGAUGAGAAUGUUGUCCCCGGUCACAUUGUUGUGGAUCAUUUGCGAGGAUACAUCUUCUGGGCUGAGCGCUUCGUAACACCUCGUGUCAUGAGAUCUGAUGUGUUCGGCAAAGAUGUCUUUACCGUGUCACCACAACGGAACGAACCUCUGGGCACGCCGUCUGGAUUGGCCAUCGACGUAGAGAAUCAACGCCUGUACGUCUCAGAUCGUUUGAAUGGUAACAUCGAGAAGUUGAGCUACUCCGGUUCUCGUGAACUUCUGUUUGUCCGCGAGAGAGUGGAUAGGAUCCGCUCACUGGAGUUCUAUGGUGAUGCUCUGUACGUAACGCAGCUAGGCGCAACCAGUGUCAACGAAGGCCAGCUCCUCCGUGUCGAUCUUCGAAGUGCAAACCCAGUCCUGGAGCUGGUCCGCAGCACUCUGCACGACCCACAGGAUGUGCGCGUGGUCUUCGCAGCGGCUCAGGCUCCAAAUCCCUCACAUCCAUGCAGUGUUGACAACGGUGGCUGCGAGGGGCUUUGCUUUGCCUUUGGAUCCACUGCCGCCUGUUCCUGCAACCCCAAUCCCACGAAACCGUUCUUGGCCAGCAACGGACGCAACUGCUCAGCAGUUCCCAAUGUGCGCACCACGCAGACAGGUCAGGUGAACGUUCCCGAGGGCAGCAAUCUCUCCCUGAACUGUUCGGUCACCAACUCUCCCUACUUGGACGUGGUCAGUCUCAUUUGGACGUUCGACGGCAACGAUAUCCGUGACGCCUACGUGCAAGUGAAUGAUGGCCCGAAUACCGUAUCUGUGCUGUCGGCAAGCAACCUUGGUAGCAGCGGGACAUACCGGUGUGUGCUGUCGUACCGACGCAAUACCAUGCCAGGAACUACAUCCACCGCUGGCGCUAGUCUGUUGUCCAGCUCUGACGCUGUCGAAGCCAAUUUGCACCCUGUUUCAAGUGAGUAUGGGAAAUACGGUACUGAUAUGCCAGGAACUACAUGCAGCACUGGCUCUAGUCUGUUAGAGCCUAUGCAAUUGCAUGAUCAGAUAAUAUGCUUUGUGCGGUGAAGCGGCCGCUUUGCAGCGGCACACUCCCCCCCCCCCCUCCUUGCCGGGUGAGCGUAAAAGUGAAUAAACUAUUUAGCGUUGUGUAGACAAAUCUGCUCGCUCGCCAACAUGACCUCAUUUGCAUUGCCCAUGUUGGAGAGGAGGAGGUGAUGUGCUUCUAGUAGCCUUCUACAUCCCUCUGUAAAGUGGACUGAGGAAGCACAAUAAUAUAGUGGUAAUAUUUCCACUGAAACUCGCCCAAAGGGUGCCCGGUAGACCGAAGUGCCGGUAACUUCGGGGUCCGGAUAACCGAGGCAUGAGUGUAGACUGGAGAGAAUAAUGAAGGUGCCGUCUCUAAAUGCAACGAGAGAGAUAAAAGUGCAUGCAAUAUGUAGUGGCUGGCGUAAAUUUCCCCAGGAUGUAGCUGUGUCAUACGCACACGUCAGUGGAGGGAUGGGUUGUGUGAACGGCUACAAAGAGUUAGUAAAAGGUGCUUUAUGCACCUGUGUCCUUGUUAAGCCGCCGGUGACCCAGUGUUAGUGUUUUAGGAGAUAGUCGCAUGAUCAGUAGUGACGCACAGUAAUGCAUUGACUAAAUAACAUGUGUGUUUGUCUGUGUGUCUGUCUGUUUGUGUGGAUGGGACGUGUGUGGAUGUGUGUAUUUGCAUGGGCAAAUUUGUUUGUGUGUGUACGUGUGCGUGCUCUCCUGGAUCUAUGAAUGUCCCUGUCAUUUGUGACUGCACUGGUUGGCUGUGCCUAUGGCUGAAUGUGCUUGUAGAUGACUCCUCCAACACCACCACCAUCAUCAUUGCCGUCGUCGUGUCCUUGGUAGUUGUCGCCAUCAUCGUUAUCGUCAUCGUCUUCCUUGUCGUACGGUCAAGGAGAUCAUCGGCAUCCACUACAUUUGGCAAUCCGAUGUACGGUGGGAACAAGACUGGCGACGAUGAGGUCACCAUUGUCCGCACAACUAGUGCUGCCUCGUCAGUUGCUGAUGGGGGCAACGGAACGGCCAUCUGAUGAGACCGUCAUGCAGCCGGCCUGCACCAUAGUCGUCAGCCGCUAUCACACACCGCAGCCGUGACUCUCACUCUAUCUGCACACACGAUGCUUAGACAGGCACUUGUGUCGCAUAUUUCCGGUCGGAUUUCACUCACUAUGAGCUGGUCCGAGGGAUCUUUAUCGGGUGACCUGGUCUGGUGAGAUGUCAUCACUGAUUUCUAGUUGCAUUGUGGUGGUGGUGAUGGAAUCUACAAGUCACCUCUGCCCAAAUGGCCAGGGAAUCCAACCAGUUGUAUGUAGAAAGUUUACCUGCUGCAUUUGAAAUAUUUCACUUUGAGAUUCACAUGGCGUGUUAUUCUUUCGGCUGUAUGAUAUCUAUUUCUGUGCUAUCCAAGUUUCACCUGGCAUAUGCAAUAUGUUUGGUGCAGACUUUGCAAGUGCUCUGCGCCGCACACAAUCAUUCUUCCUAACAUUAUGUAAACCAUUGACUGCAUGUACCUCUUAUUAAUUUACUUCAAGGUAAUUGUAGUAGUAGAGUAGUUGUGAAGCGUUUAGUCAGUUACUGCGGCACUGCUGUCUGUGCGUGCUUUUCUUCUUCUUCUUCUUUCCAUUAAUUCACCCUUUGUUCUGUGUUGUUGUUAUUUAUGGAUGUUUGCUACCUUCGUGGGCGGAUGUCCGCUUCCUUCACUCUCUCUCUCAUUCUCUCUCUACACCCUGACAGAACACACGUGCACACAUUGUGCAGGCUGUAGACUGAAAUACCCGUUCCUCCCUUUCCCCCCUCCUCCACCCACUACCUCCUGUGUUAGACGAUGACAGCCACCCAUGAUCAAUGCGUGUACAUAGCUUCUGUCGGUGUGUGCUGCUUUAUCAUGACUUGCGUGCGUUUGCUUAUCUUUGCCCUCCUCGACCCUGUUGCCAGUACUAAAACAGUAGUAGUAGUGUGAGGGUUGAGACUGCAUAGAGCUAGUAGUGUAGUGAUCCUGUUUGUAUGCAUUGUGGCUGUAGUAGUUGAUAGCUUGAUACCCAUAAUGUUUUUAGAAUGUGUUGGUGGUAGAGUCUGGUAGUUCUUUAGGCGUGCUGUUGUUGUAUAUUGCUCUUAUUAUUUUUCAAUAGUCACAACAGUUCUACAGUGGAAUUUGCAAACUGUGACGAGCCUGUGUGCACCA